AGAGCGCGCGCGCGAGAGCAUCCUCUGCGCCCAGACGUCGGCUGCUCAGACUCUCCAAGAAGGCUGCGCGAUGGAGACAGGACGGAGCUGUCGGAGUGUUUCCCGGAGGGAAGUGCCGCCUCUGGGGCGUCCUCACCUGGCGGCUCCCCUGAGUGUUCCCGUGUCAUCGAUGCCUGGGGAUUACGGACUAUCACAAUAAGGACCGGCGGGUGUGACAGUUUGGACCACGUUAACUGUCUGCGUGAACUACUCUUUUUCUUCUUCGUGUCCUUCUCUUUUCGAUUCCCCGCGUUGGACGGGUUUUCUGUCCCGAAAUGUUGAAUUCGGCGCUCCCUCGACGCGAGGGAUGUUCGCGGCACGUCGCCUGCCGUCGGACAUGAAGACACGCGGCGCGGAAACCUGUGGACAGCAUGAUACAACAUUUUGACACAACCGCUAAAUUGUUUUUUGUUGUUGUUGUUGGUGUCACGCUCCAUUGCGCAUGCCCGGCGGUGUGGACACGGAACGCUGCCCGACGCACACCUCGCUCUGUCCCGGCCGUGAUGUAGGAGCGAAAGUGAAGCGGGGAGCGGAGGACCGGAUGAACAAUGCGCUGGCAGAGCGGCGGCGCGGCGACCAAAGGGUUUGACUUUGGAUCCUUGGCGAACUAGCUCGUGCCGUAAACCGAAGAAUGUCGGGCUCGCCCCCUGGCGCAGUGGCUGAAGGGGUAGUCUCCAAAGUGAAAGUGAAGAAGGAGAUCAAGACAAUCGUGGAGAAUUUGGAAACCAUCCUGGGAGACCUCAGGGAUGUAGCCAAAGAGCUCAAAGAGGUUGUUCAUGACAUCGACACCCUGACCGGUGACCUGCAGCUGGAGGAGGACGGGCUCACGGACAGCUCCAAGACGGACACGCUCAACUCCAGCUCGAGCUCCACCACCACCGCUUCCAGCCUGGAGAAGAUGAAGCUCUUCCCCGAUGACUGCGUCUUCAAACCCCCUGCCCUCAUCGAGCCGGUCUCUUUCAACCCUCUCGCGGUCCUGACUGUGUUCAAGAAACCCCACCCUCCCCCACCGCCGCCCAGGCACACCCCGCCGAGGGCUGAGGAUCACAACGUCAAGAUUCUGCCUCAUCCGACAUUCGUGUUAUCAGGGAAUAUCUCCAAGGCCACGGGGUCUCUGAUGAGGAACGGCAGGGUUUUCCCAUUGAAACCAAACAGGGAUUUGUUCUCCUCUAUGCCGUGUUUCAUUUCCAAUGACGGCGGGAUCCCCGAGUCGGGCCUCGUUCCCACAUUGCCCAGGCCCAUGCCCCUCCUCCGCCACGAAAAGAACAAAUGCCCCAAGGCCCCCGGCAGGGAGUCCCGCGAGAGGGAGCGUGUCCGCUUCAGCGAGACGGUCCAGUACCACGGCUACUGCCAGGACUGCGACCUCCAGUAUGACGUCGACGACACGGAACUACACUUCCAGGCCGAGCUGAACGACCUGAGGCUCAGCCCGCUGCAUUGCUGCUCUUCCUCCGCCUCCCCUCCUCUUCCUCAUCAACUCAUGUUGGAAAACGGCGGCCUCUCGGUCAGCCACAGUUUCCCGCCGACAACAAACACACCUCCACCUUGUGUGCCUCCUCACCCGUCCUCCCUCAAGCCCCAGAAAACUAUCCUACGCAAAUCAACCACCACCACGGUUUGACGCGGAACACCCUCGCCCUCUCGCUCUCUCCCCCUCCCUUCCUUGUUCUGUCUGACUUAAGCAUUCUUGAAUCAUUCAUAGUGUUUUUCUACUUUAUGAGUGCUUUUCUACUUGAACUUUGGAUUAUCCAAGCAGAUAAGGAGGAGUUGGGCAAAGGACGGAUAAAGUGAGAGGAAAAGGCAGCGCCAUGGGCGCUGAGACGUACACAGGGAGAUCAGGAAGAAGCGGGCCCAUCGAGGUACUUGAGAUACGAGUGGAAGCACCCAUUGCCCCACCCCCCACCCCCGGUUGAUCAGGGAGAGAGGAGCCAGAACUGAGGCCAAGCAUCAACCUUUCUUUUUUCUUUUCUUUUUUUUUACAUUGUGCACAAUGGCUCUCAAUCACCAGGAGAUUCUUCAGAUUUAUUUUAACUUUUGAGCACUGAAUAACUUCCAGGCACAGCCGGGGCUGUGUUACUGUGAAACUGCGGGGAGGUGGGGGGUGGAAGCCUAUACAGAUUGAUGAAUUUAUAGCUGUGGAGGUGAUAUUUUUGUAACGUAGAAAAUAGUUGAAUUUGAAAAUGAGAAAGCCGCUGAGAACACCUGUUAUCAGAAGUAAAGGCGGCGAGAUGAGACGGGAGAGGUGCGAGACGGGGUGAAACGAUGUCAGCCAGUAUUCGAUCGAUGUCGACACAGGCUUUUAUUCUGUGCAAACUCAGAUGGAAAUCAAUAGCUCCACCCAACCGAUGGAAUUUGCCUUUUAGGAAUUGUAAUUGUUUGCGUCUGGAGAGCAAAAAGAGUGCUGGACGGCUGACAAGGAGACAACGAUAUUGUGUACACGCGUGACCACGUGCUCAAUGAUGGCGGUUUGGGGCGGUUUGAAGUGAAUGAAGACGUGGUCAGCGCUCUGUGUCCAGACAUCAUGUGAACUGUACGUCACAAUCUAUGCGCUCAACUGCCGCCAUGCAAGCUAUGUUUUUCUCUUUUUUUCUUUUUUUCACAACAUGCAGAGAUAAAGUAUCGUGCCAUAGUUACAGCUUUAAAGGAUUGUUGAAGAAGUAAUAAUUUGCAUCAAAUUUUCUUUGUAUACAAAUAUACAUGAACAUGUUUAAUAUCUAUCUAUAUAUAAAUAUAUGUGUAUAUAUAUAUAUAUGUAUAUAUAUAUAUAUACAUAUAUAUAUUUCGUGCAUUUUUCUACAGAGACUUUAACAUUUAAAGAGAUGAUAUUUUUGAUAUUGUGUUGGAUGACUGAGAGGUAUUGUGACGAAAGCUGACAUUCCCUCGAGGAACGUGUAUUUUCAGCAGGGCUCA